GGGGAUGUGAUGAUUCUACCAAAGUGGAGAAAGAAAAUGAUGGACAGAUUGUGGAUAAGGCUACAACUACUGUUGACGGUGCUGACACUACCUCUAUGAAUGAACAAGCGAAGGACCUUCAACCCACAGAGCACCAUACACCAGUUGGCAAUGGCAAUAUUUUUCCUUGUGAGGAGGCUAAAAUGCAUCUCAUUCUGCUUCUGUGAAUGAACAAGUGGAGGACCUUCAACCCACAGAGUCCCAUGCAGCAGUUGACAAUAGCAAUUUACCUUGCGAGCAGCGUAAGUUGUCUCACGCUGCCUCUGCGAAUGAACAAGGGGAGGAUUUUCAACCCACAGAGCACCGUACAGCAGUUGACAAUAGCAGUUUACCUUGCGAGGAGGGUAGGUCAUCUCAUAGGGAACUUGAUCAGCUGGGGUGGUAAAACAGAAAGGUGUAAAAGAGCACAAGAUGCAAGCACUAAAAUUGUCGACCAAAAGAGAUUCAAAUCUUCUACGGGAAAAAGAAGAAAACAUGCAUAUCAAGCCAAACGGUAUUCAAAUCCACUGAUGCCCCCUGGAAGGCGUACCAAACUACUUUGGACUAUGGAGGAAGAAGCUGCUCUUAAAGAGGGGAUACAAAGAUUUGUUUCAAACGACGGUGGGACUAUUCCGUGGAGGGCAAUUUUGGAGUAUUAUGGUUGUGGUGUUUUUCACAAAACUCGUGUGCCUGGCGAUCUUAAAGAUAAGUGGAGAAACAUCAAGAUUAAGGAGGAUCUCCUACAACAGAGCUGUGUGUGACAUGCCUUAAAGUAAGGCAUUUGG